AUGGUGGUCCACGUCGUGUACAGGAGGCGGGAGAACAGCUGGAGGGGGGCCGACUCGUCCGUGCGGUUCCUGGGCGCCGCCAUGAGCAGCAACCCGCCGAGCAAGCACCAGGUCCGCCUCGCCGGCCGCGGCGGCCUCGGGCACGCCCCCGCCUCCCCCGCCGGCGCGCGCAACGGUGGCCUCUCUCUGCGCGCCACCUCUCCGCCGCCGCCGACCGUCUCCAUCGCCUCCGUCGCUGGCUGGGAUUCCAUCAAGCUGCGGCUCGACGGCGAGGAGGGGCUGAAGGAGUUCUUGGCCGUCGGGGAUAAGGCCGUGGGGGCAGAGGAGGAGGCGGCGGUUUACGCGAGCGAGUGGCCGGCGGGCGGGGACGAGGUGACGUUCGACGCCCCCCCUACAGAUGAGGAGGUCCAUGCCGCCGUCGCCAGCAUCCAGCAGGUAUUUGAGAAUCCUUCGGGUGUGGAUUCUGAUGCACUCGAGUUACAAGCGCUCGCACUGCCCAUCGCAGGACUCUCUUCAUCUGGGAUGUUUGUUAACUAUUUUGCUGCCGAUUCUGAUGCAUCCGAGAAGCAAACUGUCCAAAUAGCCAACUUAGGGAGUUCUCCAUCCAACAUCGGAUUAGACGAGUGCACUGAACCUGGCACACUUGCACUUAACUCGACUGCUCUUAUGACAAGGGAACAUCAAAAUGUACUGGACGCAUUCCAGCUGUUGAAAGAAGAUGCCUCUGUUCAGAAAAUGGUUAUGGCCUUGUCAACUGAUAAGGCUGUAUGGAACGCUGUCAUGAACAAUGAGGUGGUGCAAGAAUUUAAGAAGUCCUUCCAGGAUGCUAAGGAAACUGAUAAUAAGGGGAGCUCUAGUGCUCCUCCUGGAAUGAUGCAAUGGGUCCUGGAGAACACCCAGGCGAAGAUCAAGGAGUUCCUUGAGAAGAUACUUCAGCUCGUGCACACGCUCUUCCAGGCCCAGAGCAUGGACUACGAUUUGUCUGACGAUGUAGUGAGAAUGUCCUUCAUGCUCUCGGUGUUCGUCUUCAUCGUCGUAACAAUAGCUCGCAUAAAGUGA